ACAAAUUAGGGUUUUUCAUCUCUUAGUCCCGGCUCAUAUAUAUUGUCCAAAGAAAACCCUGCCUCUCCGCUUCUUCCACAGAGAGAGAGAGAGGGAGAGACCGAGCCAGAGGAGGUGCUUCGGAGAUCUCAGCUUGUCGGAAAUGGUUACUUUUAGGUUUCACCAGUAUCAAGUUGUUGGGAGGGCUCUGCCGACUGAAGCCGAUGAGCACCCAAAGAUCUACCGCAUGAAACUCUGGGCCACAAACGAAGUUCGCGCCAAGUCCAAGUUCUGGUAUUUUCUGAGGAAAUUGAAGAAGGUCAAGAAAAGCAAUGGGCAAAUGCUUGCGAUCAAUGAGAUCUUUGAAAAGAACCCUACCAAGAUCAAGAACUAUGGGAUUUGGUUGAGGUAUCAAAGCCGAACAGGUUAUCACAAUAUGUACAAGGAAUACCGUGACACCACCCUAAACGGGGCUGUGGAACAGAUGUACAAUGAGAUGGCUUCCAGACACAGAGUCAGGUUUCCUUGCAUCCAAAUUAUCAAGACAGCCACUGUGCCGGCGAAACUCUGCAAGAGGGAGAGUACCAAGCAAUUCCACAACUCUAAAAUCAAGUUCCCCUUGGUGUUUAAGAAGGUCAGGCCGCCAAGCAGGAAGCUGAAGACCACAUACAAGGCAAAAAGGCCUAACUUGUUUAUGUAGUUUGGUCAUUUGAGGAAUGAGCUCUGAAAGGGUUAGACUGGUGUCCCUUUCUGAAUCAUUUUGAUAGAAACCUUCCUGUGAUUGAUUGUUUCUUUUUGGGCAUCGUUUUAUUUUAGAAUCUUGACAAACUAAAAUAUUUGAAGUAUUUUUGAGUUUAC